UCGAUCCUUACUAAUGAAAGGCAAAAAACGAUGCGUUUUAGUCUGUCUGUCACCGCCAUCACCACCGCUACCACCACUAAACCCCUCUUCUCCGAUCUCUCACCUCGCCUCCGCCGUGCGACCGCCAUGUCGCAGUCGCAUCCGAUUCCCCCAACUGCCACCGAAUCUCCGAUUAGUUACCCCGUGCCGCUCUCUCCUCCAUUGACGCCCUUGUCGAAGCAAGUAGAGCUGGCCAGAGCCAUGUCCGCUUCCUCCAAAUCGAGCGCCUUCUCGCUCUCGAGGAGUCACGUGGUUUACGAAGACGAGUGGCUCGUCGCCGUGAAUAAGCCUCCCGGAGUUUACUGCGAGAGCGUCCUGGCCUCGGCUCCUCGCGUCGUUCUUGGCGAUUCUGUCGAUUCAGGGUGCACCGAAGCUGUGCCUGAGCUCCACCUUGCUAAUCGACUUGACCGGGACACAAGUGGUAUUAUGUUAAUAACCAAAUUGCAUAAAGUAGCUUCUAGGCUUGUGAAGGCAUUUACUGAGCAUAAGGUGAGAAAAACAUACAUAGCUCUCUGUGUUGGAUUAGCGCCGAAGUGGGAAACAAUAAUCAUUCGAUCAGGCCAUGGUCGGUCAAAGUUUGGAGCUUGGAGAGUCUAUGGAGCACCAGACGUGGGACGGACACUGCCAGGUGGGUCUGUGGUCAGGGACAUGGAAACAUCAUUUGAGGUAUUGUCUGUGAAUGGCCAAUUGAAGUCCAAGGAGCCAAUUAAGCACGGAAAAGAUAACGAAAACAUCAUAGUAGUUGAAGAGAAAUCCUCUAUCGGGGAUAAUGAAACGAAGGAUGUAGUUUUGGUGAGAGCAUAUCCUCGGAGUGGUAGGACGCAUCAAAUCCGCUUGCAUUGCCAGUAUCUUGGGAUUCCUCUAAGAGGUGAUGUGAAAUACGAGGGGGUGUAUGAGUGGGAAGGGCAAACAUAUGACUACCACGCUCUUCACGCCGAGAGCUUGUCAUUUGAGCACCCAGUAACGGGCGUGCCCCUGAUGUUUCAGGCACCUUUACCUGCAUGGGCUGCUGAGUGCUGCCCUAAUGAGAUCCCACCUGCUUUUUCUUCAAAUGAAAUUCAUAUGGGAUGAUUUCUCUAGAAGAAAAACUGACUAGUUUUUUUUUUUUUUUAAUUAAUUGCACCUGCAAAGGUAGGUUAUCUGAGGCAAAGAAUUAAGCAAUUUGAUUAUACGCAUCCCAUCAUCUGAAGUUAUUCCUCUCCAUUUACCUGUCGGAAGAUUAAUCUCAUCGCAGUCCUAGGAACACUGUUCUAGCUGCUCAGCUCUUAAUUGUCCAAAACAUGAAAUAUCUCCAUUAUCUUUGCUUAUAUGGAGGAGAAACAGCUAGCCUUUUUUGGACAAUCUCCAAUCAAGUUGGGAUCAAUUUUACCAUAACGUACGGUUAGGAUCCCCUUGUAUGAUUUUUUUCAUGUGAACUGAAAGAGAACUUGUAAAGCCGUUGGUAAGUGUACCUUGUGCAACUUCAUUGUUCUUUAUGUGAAAAGGAUUGAUACGAACGGGACAUUUUUGCUUAGAGAAGGUGAUGCUUUGAAACUGUACUGUCUUUUUAAUGGAGGACAACGAUUUUGAUUCAGUGUCUUGAGAUAUUGUCUCUUACAUCAUUGUCUUGAUGGAGCUUCGUUUUUAAUCUCUACCCUAGAGCCUGAUUGGGCCAAGGCUUAAUUUCCUCUCUAGAUGUGUGGUCCAUGCAACCAGAAAUUUGUGAUGCUGCGGCAUUCCAUUCUUGUUCGUUUCUGCCCAUUAUUAGAUGCUCCGAGUAGAUCUUUUGGGUGCUGA